AUGUACAGGGCCGACGUAUUUGGCGAGUACGUACACACUACCAUCAAGCAGCCCGGCCACCCCUUCGACGGUAAGCCGUUCCUGCAUGCAUUCCUCGUCCAGUCCCAGGACAGGGAGCCUCAGCCGGUUAAAGGGUACGACGGGUUAUACGGCGCCGAAAUCGAGGAGAAAAACCUGUGCCCCGACCUGGAAGUGGGAUAUGCCAAGCUGGAAGACGGCACGCAACUGGAUUGUCUGCAGUGCCCGUGGUCAUUUCAGAUGCUGAAAAACCAGUCUAAACGAGAAAUUAAUCUGGUUAAGGGAUCACAACGCGUCAUCGCAGACAUACUCAGUAGGGAAAACCAGCACACCGCUGUACAGACACCCGAGGGCAGUUGGUUCUACUUCGAAGAACCAGACGUCAACAAGGCCGCAGGCAACGGAUCCUGUGUCCUCAUCGUGUCGACCGGCCGCCUAACAGCAUCAAGUAAGAGCCUCGGUUUUCUACACGAACAUCCAGCGAAAGCGUUAUUACCUGAAGGGGAGGACGGCGUAAGCGAAGAACGCGUAGACCUUGGUUUCGUCGCCCCCGACCUAUUCGGGAUCGCACUCGUCGUGAUGGACGAAGCACAUCAGAACGUCAACAUUGAAACGACAAUCAUCGGCGCACACCUGCAGUAUUCCAUAUUCCUCAACACCCGUCCCAGUAGGACGCCGGAUGUGGAGGAGACCACACCACUCGUUCUCCUUGCCGGCGGGUCUCCGUUUCCAAGCACGAUGAAGCAGGUCACAUCCAUAUUGUCACUUCUGCUGUCACAGAGCGUUGAACUGGACAGAAUAGGAACCAGCCUCGGUGCCCUGGAGAAGUGUAUAAAGAACAAUCAAAGCACGCGGGAUGCGGGUGACGUGCUUUACGACCAAGCGAAGGAGGAUACCCGACAGGCACUGGAAACAGCCUUUGACCUCGUAAAACGGGUCAUCAUGGCUCGGACGUACGGCUGCCGAAUCACCGACAACAUAAGAGGGACCGAUCCAAGGCCGGCUAUUCUAAAACACAUCGUACUCAACCACGUGACACCCGAGGCAUACACUGGGUUUUUGAAGUCGCAGCAGGCAAAGAUUCUCAACGAACUCAACACGAACCUCAGCUCUCGUGCCUAUCCCAUGUCGGCCGUGGAAAAGGUCGGAGGAUUCAACAUGAUGCUCAAGGCAGCCUUUGCACCCCCUAUACUGGAGGACAAGUGGCACCACGCCUUCUACAACGGUAUGAAACACAAGUUCCCCAUCACGGCAGACCUUGUCAAACUGGACAUGCCACCGUCGGACUGGGCUUUGGACGUGGCACUGUCCGGAUCCAACUCUAGGACGCGGGACGGCAACAACGUAGACAAACCGCGCAUGAUAAGUCGGCUGGCGCGGUCUGCCGAGCUGGCCAGGGACCCAUGGUACAUAGACCUGUUGGCCAUCUGCAGACAGUCGAGACUCAACAAGAUAUAUAGAGGUUCCUCCGGCAACACAGAUGGGCCGAUAUCGACCGAGACGGACGACCAUGGGUCCAGGGACGUGGCCAUAUUCUGCACCAGUCCCAUGGUGACGGUUCUUGUCUGUCUGUUCCUCCGUCACCACCUGGCAGAUAUCGCGGAGGUCGUGAUCAUGACAGCAGACGUUCCUAAUGAACCUGGAAAACGCACCGACCACAUAGCCAAGUGGCAAACGAGGCUGGAAGACUUGAAGAAGCCGCCCGGCCGGCCAGUGCGAAAGAUCAUGAUUUGCGUGUUGUCGGUGGACAUAGCUGGCACGGGCAUCGACAACCUGAAGUUCGCUUCGGUUGCUGUGCUGUUCGGGGAGCCCAACACGUUGACGAAGAACAAGCAGGCACUUGCCAGAAUUCGGCGACCGGGUCAGGAGAGGCAGGUCAUCUUCUACUCAUUCAAUCGGACAGACAACGCAGCCUACAUGGCAGUCUUGAAGAGGACAGAUCUGCAAAAGACUGCUCUCGUCAAGCUUUUCUCUUGA